GUGUCUGCGGCAGCACUCUGCGUUUAGACAGCCGGUGAAACGCAGCGUUUUAAACACAGUCUGCGCGUUAAACUCUGCGAAAUCAAGAAUCAACGAUGAGUCGGAGUUACAACGACGAGCUUCAGUACCUGGAGAAGCUCAACAGCAACUGCUGGAGGAUUAAAAAGGGUUUUGUUCCCAACAUGCAGGUCGAAGGAACCUUCUAUGUGAACGACUCUCUGGAGAAGCUGAUUUUUGAGGAGCUUCGGAACGCCUCCCGGGGAGGAGGUGUGGGCGGAUUCCUUCCCGCUAUGAAACAAAUCGGGAACGUGGCGGCGCUGCCUGGGAUCGUACACAGGUCCAUCGGUCUCCCGGACGUUCACUCUGGAUAUGGAUUUGCGAUCGGAAACAUGGCGGCCUUUGACAUGAACGACCCUGACGCCGUGGUGUCUCCAGGCGGCGUUGGUUUCGACAUAAACUGCGGCGUCCGCCUGCUGAGGACGAACCUGGACGAGGGAGACGUUCAGCCGGUGAAGGAGCAGCUGGCCCAGUCGCUGUUCGACCACAUCCCAGUGGGGGUCGGGUCCAAGGGAGUCAUCCCCAUGGGGGCCAAGGACCUGGAGGAGGCUCUGGAGAUGGGGGUGGACUGGUCCCUGAGGGAGGGCUACGCCUGGGCCGAGGACAAGGAGCACUGCGAGGAGUACGGCAGGAUGCUGCAGGCCGACCCCAACAAAGUGUCCUCCAAGGCCAAGAAGCGAGGCCUGCCGCAGCUGGGGACUCUGGGAGCAGGAAACCACUACGCCGAGAUCCAGGUGGUGGAUGAGAUCUACAACGACUACGCCGCCAAGAAGAUGGGCAUCGACCACAAAGGUCAGGUGUGCGUGAUGAUCCACAGCGGCAGCAGAGGCCUCGGACACCAGGUCGCCACAGACGCUCUGGUUGCCAUGGAGAAGGCGAUGAAAAGAGACAAGAUCACGGUGAACGACCGGCAGCUGGCGUGCGCUCGCAUCAUGUCACAGGAAGGACAGGACUACCUGAAGGGGAUGGCGGCCGCGGGGAACUACGCCUGGGUCAACCGCUCGUCCAUGACCUUCCUCACCAGACAGGCCUUCUCUAAGGUGUUCGGCACCACGCCGGACGACCUGGACAUGCACGUCAUCUACGACGUUUCUCACAACAUCGCCAAAGUUGAGGAGCACAUGGUGGACGGGAAGCAGAGGACUCUGCUGGUCCACCGCAAAGGAUCCACUCGAGCUUUCCCCCCUCACCACCCCCUCAUCCCCGUAGACUACCAGCUGACGGGUCAGCCGGUGCUGAUCGGAGGGACGAUGGGAACCUGCAGCUACGUCCUGACGGGGACAGAACAAGGCAUGACGGAAACAUUCGGCACCACCUGUCACGGAGCGGGUCGCGCUCUGUCUCGAGCCAAGUCCCGCAGGAACCUGGACUUCCAGGACGUCCUGGACAAACUGGCCGACAAGGGCAUCGCCAUCCGGGUGGCUUCACCCAAACUGGUCAUGGAGGAGGCUCCUGAAUCGUACAAAAACGUGACAGACGUCGUCAACACGUGUCACGACGCUGGAAUCAGUAAGAAGGCAAUCAAACUGAGACCCAUCGCUGUGAUUAAAGGCUGAAGCAGCACGACUCGACUUCUAAAGACAAUUUGCACCAAACAAAAGAACUCAUUAUGUUAAAAACACAACCAGCUCGUGUACUGGAAUCGUGAAAAGCAGAUAGAUAUUCUUCCUAUUAUUUUGAUUUUGUUUUGGAAUGAAUUUAUGUUAAAGAAAAUGCAUCUGAGCAGAGAGAAAAAAUUUGAUUGAAAAUAAGAUUUCAAACCUGAAAGAAAAUUGUUUGUGUUCUGUGAUCCAAAUAAAGGUGAUCACUUAAAACUGAA